UGCAUAAAACCCUUGGGCUAGAGGAUAAUAUAGAACAGAAUCCAGAUCCCACUAGACGGAAAUAAGAAAUGAGAAACAGAAAAGUUGAUUAGUUUCUUAAUUAAACUUUUCAGGCAUUUCAGCAAGGAGCUUGAGAAAAUUAACAGAGAGGGGAAAAAUAUUAGAUCUCAGACUGAGAAUUCUAGUGAGCUGGGACCAAGUGUUAGUCAGCUGGGACCUAGUGUUGUAAUAUUCCAUGAAACUAUUCAUACAGAACCGUUAACCGGCCCUGAUACCGAGGGGGUACUAAGAGCUAGGUUUACUAGUAUGAGCCAGGAUAUAUCCUCGUUCUCUAAACUGGUUUAUAUCGGAGUUCGGACAGAUAUGCAAACUAGAACAUGUUUUAAACCUCUCCUAGAUAUUGUUUCCAGUGAGGUUACUGAUACUACAGUUCGGUCACCUAGAAAUAUUUCUCAUGUAUAUAAGGCGCUGGUUAGCUUGAACUCUAAGUUCAGUGGAGACGUUUCUCCUUCCCAUCGUUCCUUCCCAGACCAGUACUUUACCUGUCAAUCUACAUGUCAGAGCUGUGCGGGUCGUUGUUGUAAACAAAUCAAGCAUACAGGAGAUCACUGUACAGAUACAACUGUACAGUGUACAUACUCUGUGCAGUUAGAGAAUAAGGUUUACACCUGCAGAUACUGUCAGGACAAUGGAAGACGAUGUGUAGUAGUACCUAAGGCAGCGGCCUCCAAGGAGAGCUCCUGGGUUGGAUUAGCAAAAUUUGCCUGGUCAGGCUUUGUAUUAGAAUGUCAACGGUGUGGAGUAAUAUAUAGAUCUCGGCAACAGUGGUUCGGUAACCUUGAUCCUGAAACACAGGGUGUUGUACAGACUCAUGUAGCACAUGUUUGGCCAGGGGUAAGUGUUUUAGUGACUUAUUUAGCACAUGUUUUGCUAGGGGUAAUUGUUUUAUACACUUAUUUAGCACAUGUUUGGCUAGGGUUUAGUGCUUCAUAGGCCCAUGUA